AUGGCGAAAGACGGACCCAAUUGGGAUGGAUUGCUUAAAUGGAGUCUCUCUCACGCUGACGGUACACGACCAACUCGCCAGUUGAGUGAGGAGGAUCGAAAAUGGUUUAUGGAGGCUAUGCAAUCGCAGACUUUAGAUGUAGUCAAGCGCAUGAAGGAGAUUACACUAGUUAUGCAAACACCUGAACAGGUUUUGGUUGAACAUGGAGUAACACCUGAAGAUAUCGAAGAUGUGCUCGAUGAGUUGCAGGAGCACGUUGAAUCGAUCGAUAUGGCUAAUGAUCUUCAUUCGAUUGGAGGCUUAGUUCCGCUUCUUGGGUUCCUUAAGAAUUCUCAUGCUAAUAUUCGGGCAAAAGCUGCUGAUGUCGUAAGCACAAUUGUUCAGAACAAUCCUCGAAGUCAGGAGUUAGUUAUGGAAGUCAAUGGUUUGGAGUCGCUGCUUUCGAACUUCACUUCCGACACAGAUGUUCAUGCUCGAACUCAGGCUCUUGGCGCAAUAUCAUCUUUGAUUCGCCAUAACAAAACGGGAGUCACGGCGUUCAAGCUUGCUAAUGGUUAUGCUGGCCUGAGAGACGCGUUGGCAUCCGAUAGUGUAAGAUUUCAAAGGAAAGCCUUAAACUUGCUGCAAUAUCUUCUGCAAGAGGAUGAUUCAGACCGCAGUAUUGCUACUGGACUCGGAUUUCCCCGAGUGAUGAUGCAUCUCGCGUCCAGUGAAGAUGCUGAGACAAGAGAAGCCGCUCUUCGUGGAUUACUCGAGCUCGCAAGAGACAGAAAUGAUGGAAGAGAAUCUAGCAGCAGCAUAGAGAAAGGCGAUGAGAAACUGAGGCAGCUUCUGGAAGACCGGAUCAAAGGAAUCAGCUCGAUGUCACAAGAGGAUCUCGAAACGGUUAAAGAAGAGAGACAGCUAGUGGAUUCACUGUGGAGCAUUUGCUACAACGAACCUUCUUCUCUGAGAGAGAAAGGGCUUCUUGUUCUUCCGGGCGAAGAUGCUAUGCCUCCUGAUGUCGCAAGCAAGCUCUUCGAGCCUCCUCUUAGAGCUUCUGCUGCAAACCGUAAUGCCACUGAGAAGAAAGAGGAACCUCUGAAACUACUUGGACCAUAA